AUGGCUCGUACAAAGUUGGAGGCUAGACGAAUGGGUCCGGUUAGAGUGGUUCGCGACGGAGCAGAGGCGAGCAAUAGAGCAGAGGAGAGGAAUCGACAAGUUCAGAGGGAUGCAGAAUCAAAUGAAGAAUCGGAUGAGAUGGAUUCAAAUGAGGAAUCGGGUGAGGAAUCAAAUGAAGAAGGACAAUCUGACAAAGCGUACUACUAG